CGACGUCCUACAUACAAGUGUUCUCGGGAGUUAGAAUAAUAUACCCAGAUUGCUAUCCCCAUGGCUGGUUCGCGGGAACCAGGCGCUACUUCGCAAUAUAUAUUGCCCACCCGCCCCAUGACCAACAACUGAUCGCACUGAAACGAGGCAUUGAGGGGGACCCCAAGUAGUCGACACAUAUAUUAUCAUCUUUUAAUUAUCCUCACGAUGCGACGAAUCAAUCGGAUCGCAGCGGCAAGGGCCUCACGACUUGCAAUGCAGAAGAAACGCCUCGCCCGCCUUCCACUCUAACCGCCGAAAUCUAAAUCAAGCUCUAGGGUGCAUUGCUUGACAUGUGUCCGUCCGCCUUGGCCUAUAUAAAUCCGGCUCGCGCCACGUUCCUGAUCGACAAACCCGAUCGUCCGAGCCCCACCUAACUCGAAACAUCAGCCCGAUACGCGAGAUCUUCGCCAAGAUGCGCAGCGCGAUCCUCUUCUCUGCCCUUGCGGGCGUGGUGCUCGGCCAUGGCGGACCGACCGGCGCGCUGGGAAAUGCCAAAACGACAACGAACGCGGAUAACAUCAUGUACCAUGGUAGCCUGUCGAGCGAUACGGUAACCGGGUCCAUCGACAUUGUUGCCGGCCCCGCUGGGAAUGGGUUGUCUUAUAGCCUGAAACUGACCAAGGCGCCGACAAACGUGGGUGCGCUAUCGUACUAUAUCGCGACAAGCUCGGUGAAGGUCGGCGCAAGCUGCGAUGCCCUUGGUGGCGUGUUCGAUCCAUAUGUCCGAGGCGCGGACCCCGUUUGCGAGACUGAUGACCCGGCGACGUGCCGGGUUGGGGAUCUCAGUGGGAAAUAUGGGACAUUGAGGGUGACGUCUACCGGAACGGGCACGAAAUCGUUCUCCGACUUCUACACUUCGUCGACGAUCGGAGACUUUGCGUUCGUCGGUAACCGGAGCAUUGUCAUUUCCGAUUCGACGAACAAAGCGCAUGCGUGCGCGAAUUUCUUGAGGAUGGAAAUGUGA